AUGCCCGACGACAAAAUCACUAACGUGGCCACGCCCGCUGCGAAAGAAACAAAAUCCCCCAUGCCCAAAUCCAAAGUAGGCAAUGUCUACCAAUCCCAAGGAGUAACCCGCAUGGAAGCCGUCUGCCGCGAAGCCAAAUCAAACCGCAAAUCCCUCUGGCUAGUCGGAGUUUCCGUCCUAGUAUGCGCAUGGGCAUACUCCCUCGACUCAUCGACAACAUCCUACUACUCCAUCGAUGCAUCAUCCUACUACAAGCAACACAGCUCCGUCCUCUCGACCCUAUCGAUUGCAACGAGCAUCAUCAGCGCCGUGAGCAAGCCAUUCAUCGCCAAAAUCUCCGAUAUAACCUCCCGACCCUAUACAUACAUCCUUACACUAUUCUUCUAUAUGGUCGGUUAUAUCGUCGCCGCUACAAGCAAGACCAUUGCUGCCUACGUAGUCGGCGAAGUCUUCGUUGCAAUCGGUAGCUCAGGCCUCGAUCUGACGAAUGAUAUUAUCGUCGCUGAUUUGACGCCUCUGGAAUGGCGUGGGUUUGCAGGCGCGAUGUUGUCUACACCGUUCAUCAUCAAUACCUGGUUUGCGGGCAAGAUCGUUGAUGCUAUUGAGAAGAGGGAUCAGUGGCGUUGGGGAUAUGGCAUGUUUGCUAUCAUCAUGCCUGUUGCGCUUGGUCCUGCUGUUGCUAUUCUAAUUUGGCUGGAUCGGAAAGCGAAGCAAGCUGGCAUUGUCAACAUUGCUUCGUCUAAUGCCGCUCGUCGUGCUGCUCGUGAUCUUGUUGAGAAAGAGGGCAUUGAGGAGCCUCAUGGUGCUGUGGUCGCUCCUGCUGCUGAGGUAUCGGCAUCAUGGUUUGAUACUCUUAAACACAAUCUGGAAGAAAUCGAUGCCUUUGGUCUCGUACUUCUCGACUUUGGCUGGUCCUUGCUACUGCUUCCGUUCUCUCUCAAGACAUAUGCCGACGGUGGCUGGCGCAAUCAGUCACUCAUCGCUAUGAUGAUUGUUGGUGGCCUUCUCCUGAUAGCGUAUGUCAUCUACGAGAUCAAAUGGGCUCGCUUCCCCAGCUCUCCCCGCCGCUUGGUAUACAACAGAACAUUCAUCAUGGCGAUCAUCAUCGAUAGCAUUUAUAUGCUCGCCGGCAGCAUGCGCAGCCUCUAUUGGAGCUCCUACGUCCUAAUCGCCAACUCAUGGAGCUACCAAGACUGGGUAUACUAUGGCAACACAUUGACCCUAGCGCUCUGCAUCGCUGCCCCAAUAGUAGGCCUCCUCCAGCGCUGCACGCACCGCUACAAAGCGAUCCAAAUAGCAGGCCUCCUAAUCAAAAUAAUCGGCAUGAGUAUAAUGCUCGACGGAAAAAGGGCAACCUCCAGCACAGCCGCAAUGGUCUUAUCAAUGAUGCUAAUCGGCUUCGGCGGCUCAAUGUCCGUGGUCGGUUCACGCGUUGCAUCGCAGGCAUCUGUUCCACAUCAAGAUGUUGCGCUCGUCAUUUCCCUGUUAUCCUUAUGGUCAAAGAUUGGUAGUGCCAUUGGAUCGGCGAUUGUCGUUGUUAUCUGGUCCUAUCAAAUGCCGAAGCAGUUGCGUGAGCAUUUGCCUGCGACUGCUACCGAAAAGGAUGUCACGAAGUUGUUUGGGAGCUUGACUUCUAUAAGAAAGCUUUAUGCCUUUGAUGAUCCUAUGCAUGUGGGCGCUGUUCUUGCUUAUCGGCGGGCAUUAUAUUAUUGUUUGGCACCUGCGCUGGGUCUGGCUUUCAUUCCGCUUGUCGCGGCUUUUUUUCAGACUAAUUACUUCUUGGGCAAGUCUCAGAAUGCUGUUAAUAAUGUUGGGAAUGAUGGGAUGCCUCUUGCUGAGAAGGAUUUCAACCCUGAGGUUCCUCCGAGGAAUAAGAAGGAGGCUUUCUUGCGCUUUUGGGCGGGCAAGUAG